AUGUUUCCAGAACAAGUUUAUUUUGAAGUCAUUUUUUGUUUUAUUCGUAGAAACUCGCACGAUACUGGGAGUCGAUCAGUGGUUUUCGUAGUUAAUAAGUACUUUUUAUUUUUUCGUUAUCUUAAGGAUGCGGGAAAAUUCCUAAGAGCACUUCAGAAGAAGCUAACAAAUCCUGCCAAUAUUGGACUCAUUUUGUCAGAGGGAAUCAAGAGAUCACGCAGGGCUGUGGGCAUAAAGUCAGGUCCUUCUUUAGCGGAACAUGUUCAUCCAGAUCUGGCAUCUUCAGCUAAGCUUGCGGCAGAAGCUACAGGCGACUUCGGUGCGACAGUAGAGAAGAUACUGAUUAGACACGGGAAAGGAAUUAGAGACCAGCAGUUCUUACUUAGGAGGCUCGCGGAUGCUGCUAUUGAUAUUUAUGGCAUGGCUGCCGUGCUUUCCAGGGCAUCCCGAUCUCUCAAUACCAACAUAGAAAGUGCUCAACACGAAGCAAUGAUAGCAACCGUCUUCUGCGAUGAGGCUUUCGACCGAGUAAGACAGAACCUUGGUUCCCUACACGACUCUAACAAGCUCUCCAAUGACACUAAGAUGUCGAGAAUAGCAGCGGAAGUCAUCAAGAAUAUGAACACGGUUCCGCUUCAUCCUCUGGGAUUCUAAGGGAAAAAAAUGGCGGAAUUUUAUUUUCGUAAUUCGUGGCUGAUAUCUAGAGAUCUUUCUUGCAAAUAGCUACCAAGAACAAGUUACAUCUUGUUAGAAAUUGCCAGAAAUACGCUUUGGGAAACUGGAAACUAUUUCGAACGAUGACCACACGUCCAAAUGUCUUUAUCCUUGUUUUGUUUACUUGUUUCACUUUAACCUGCGCUAUAAGAUCAACUCCAGGUCCUAUGAAAGAUAAUUUAUUGUAAAUUGCGAUAUUUCAGUGCGAAUAACAUGACGUGUUUAGCAAUCCAUUUAGAGUAGAGCCAAGGAGAUUUUGGACAAUCCCGAGACCUGAAUGGAAGUCAGAAUUUAGCGAGCCGAAAUAAUGACAGAAAUGCUCUGUAGUCAAUAGCUCGUUCCACGGCAAGAAUUGUACAGAGAAAUAUCAGAAAUGGAAGUAAAUAUUACCUGAUAGUGCAGUGUCUUUUACAUAUAUAACGGUACAACUCAAAUGACGUUAUUUAUCAGGCUGGUCUUGUGUAAUUUAACAUCCUACAAUAAAAUUUGUGUCGACUGGAAAGCUAA